AUGAAUGCUUCUUCCUCUUCCUUGACUCACGCUGAAUUCGAUUACUUGUUCAAGCUUCUCAUGAUUGGUGAUUCUGGAGUUGGAAAAAGCACGCUGCUUCUCAGAUUCACCUCUGAUACUUUCGAGGAUCUUUCUCCCACUAUCGGUGUAGACUUCAAAGUUAAAUAUGUUACACUUGGUGGAAAAAAGUUAAAACUUGCUAUUUGGGACACAGCUGGACAGGAAAGGUUUAGAACACUUACUGGUUCAUAUUAUAGAGGCGCACAAGGAAUAAUUAUGGUAUAUGAUGUAACGCGGCGGGACACCUUUACAAAUCUAUCUGACAUAUGGGCUAAAGAAAUUGACCUAUACUCAACAAAUCAAGAUUGCAUCAAGAUGCUUGUAGGGAACAAAGUUGACAAGGAAAGUGAAAGGGUUGUUACCAAAAAGGAAGCAGUGGACUUUGCAAGGCAAUAUGGGUGCCUUUAUACUGAAUGCAGUGCAAAAACUCGAGUAAAUGUUGAGCAGUGUUUUGAGGAGCUUGUAAUGAAGGUUUUGGAUACACCAAGCCUCUUGGCCGAGGGCUCAUCUGGUGUGAAAAAGAACAUCUUCAAGCAGAAACCCCAAGAGUCUGAUGCAUCUACUAGUAGCUGUUGCUCAUGGUGA